GGGACCGAACCCAGGGCCUUGCGCUUGCUAGGCGAGCUCUCUACCACUGAGCUAAAUCCCCAACCCUAGGGUCUCAGUUCUUCUAAAGAGAGUGUGGCCUUUCCUCAGAGUCUCAGAUUGAAGAGGAAGAAGCUGCUCCUGGGCCCUUCUUUAGCAUUCUCUUAGUGCUUUAGAUAUGAAGUGUCCUCCUCAAAAGCUUCCUGUAUGGAAAGCCUGGCCCCCCAGGAGAAACAGUGUUCAGAAGAGGAGCAUUCAGAUCAUGUGGAUUAAUCCACUGUGAAUCCCCAGUUUGAACAGACUACUAGGAGCUGGAUUUGGGGUUUUGGUUCCUUUAAAAAAAAACAAAAAUAUCUUAAGACUAUUUCUUGGCAUGUGGAAUGUGGGACUGCUUCAGCCAUGACAGCAGCUGACUACAGUUUGCCUCCUGCUGUGGUCGGGGUGUGAUUUUUGCCAGCUGCUGAUGGUUUCUUUGAUUUUGUGAUGUUUGGAAUUCUGGGGAUUUUCUGGAGCGUAUAUAGAUGCUGGAAACGUGGUGGGUUGUUGGUUGGUGUUGGUCACAGUUGGUUAAUUAGCCAUGUGCCAAGAAGAAACGAGAAGAAAUUAGACAUCCUGAUGGCAAAGAUCAGACUUGCCCCAAGGAACUCGGAUGCCCAUAGUCAGCAAGAAAGUCUAACUCAUGUCACCCCAUUUCUGACCCCUGACUUUAUUCAGGGAUCUCUUUCCUUUCCUCUCUAUCCUUUUUUUUUUUUCUUUUAUCUCAUGUUGGGGGGUUGAAAGGGUGGAAGAAAGAACCCACAAAGUGGGCUGGAGAGAUGGCUCAGUGGUUAAAAGCACUGACUGCUCUUCCAGAUUCCAGAGGUCCUGAGUUCAAAUCCCAGCAACCACGUGGCUCACAACCAUCUGAUGCCCUCUUCUGGUGUGUCUGAAAACAGCGAUGGUGUACUUAUAUAUAGUAAAUAAGUAGAUCUUUUUUAAAGAACCCACAAAGUAGCCGAAGACCAGACACACACACACACACACACACACACACACACACACACACACACACCCCUCUUUACUCUUAGCAUUUGGGAGGCAGAAGCAGGCAGAUCUUUGAGUUCAAGGCCAGCCUAGUCUACUGAGAAAGUUCAGAACAGCCUGGCCUGUCUCAAAAAUCAAAUCAAAAGACUACUGGGAGGUGGUAGAACUGUGUAAAGUGGGACCUGGUUGGAGGAAGUGGGUCACUGAGAACAGGAGUGACAAACUUUGUUCUUGGCCUUCCUGUCAUCCUGCUUCCUGGCUGCCAGGAAAUGAGCAGCUCUGCUCAACCACACUACACCUUUCCACCAUGUUGUGCCUCAUCCACCAUACCCUUCCACACACUCUGCCUUAUCAACCAUAGCCUCUGCCUCACCACGGUCUAGGAGCAACAGAACCAAAAUCCUUCCAGCCUUAUGUCCUCCCAGGUAUUCCUAGUUUGAUGUUCAUAGUCAGGAUAUCUGAUUUCUUGUUGUAAUCCUUCCUGUCUGAAGUUGUCACAGGAGCGAGAAGUCUGACUAACAUGUACAGAUGUCAUUCUUAAAUCAAAUGGACCAUCGUGGCCCUUAGACUUGGACCUCCCAUGUUCCCUACUAACAUGUGUUACCUCAAGAAACAACUAGUUGCACAAGUUGGAAAUGGAUCAGCUAGCCUCAAUCUGACUUUCCUCUGCCCUCUUUCCCCUUGAUAUCCCACUCGCAUUUGAUUCUGAAUUUACUUUAUUUUUCCCCAAAAUCACUACCUCCCCUUUCCUCAAAAUUGCCACUAAACCAAUUAAUACAAAUUGCUUGGCUCUCCGUAUCCAUAUGUGCUUGACCGUUUAGAGUGAUACCAUUUCAUAUUCCUCAAAUCCCAUGGGAAGCAAAGGUUACCUGUAAAAUCACGGGGAAGAAAGAAGCCAGAGGAUACCAACGAGAACUGGUCCAUCUCAUUGAAGUCUCUCAAUCACUGUGACAUGUUCACACUAGAAUUACUCCUAAUCCUGGGCCAGUGACAUAGGCUUUAAUAACGAUGAGUUGGAGUUCAUAAAUGGAGUAUUAAUACCCAUGGUCCAAGAAAAAAAUUCAUCAGGAUCUUGAAGCUAGUCUUACUCUAAAAUGAAUAAGUACAGUGGAGAAAGAGAGAGACAGAGACAGAGACAGAGACAGAGACAGAGAGAGAGACCAAUGCUGUCUUAUCUCAAAUCAACUAGUGGUAUUCAGCCUCUAAACAGCGUCAUCUGGAGCUGGGUGUGGUGCCUAAAGCCUGUAAUGCCAGCACCCUGGAAGCUGAGGCAGAAGGUUUCAAGCAUUCUAGGCCAGGGGCUCCAUGGCACAGGGCUUGGUCAGCAUCCACGAGCCCCUUGAUCCAAUCAUCAGCACAAAGGAAAAAGAAGAGAGGGAGGGGCGGGAGGAGGAAUCCCAGGACACUCAACAUCCUGCUACAUACUGUUUUAAAAUAAUUCAGGCAGGCACUCUAAUCCCAGCAGGUGGGAAGCAAAAAUCUGUGAGUUCAAGGCUCACCUGAUCCAUGUAGAAAGUUCAAGGGCAGAUCUACAUGGAGAGACCCUGUCUCAAACAUCAAUAAACUGUCUUUGGAAUUAUGGAGACUAAAUAUUCUCUGCAUUUGGAAAAUGGUUUUAGUUCUAUGUAUAAACACUUGUAAAUAAAGUUUGACUUUUACUAAAGAAUGUUCUCAUAAAUUAUUCUGAACUCUGACAUAAUCUAGUUCCCCGAAUCUGCACUAUUCCGGGAAUAUUAUUUUCUGAAUCCAAAACUAUCAUCUAGCCUUUCCCUCGUUUACAGAUGGAGAAACAAAAUCUGAAGAAAUGUUAGUUCCUGUAGGUCAGCCAGAGUGAAAAGUAGAAACUUUCAUCUCUAUUUAAUUUAAAUCCUAAAAUCAAAACUGGACAUGGGAUCAGCAAAACUGGUUUGGACUUCGAUAGGUUUACUUACUUACACCAGGGAAACCUGUGAGGACCGCGGUGAGUGCCUGCCGAUUGGUAAAAGUUGAGGAUUCUUUAGUUCUUACCCUCCACUUAAGGAGAUGGGCUGGAGAUGAGGAGUGGGUAACAACGCUUGAACUCCUCCGCGCUAGAGGGCGCCAGAACCUCUAUUUUAGUUGCGCGAAGCUGAGGCUUCACCAACCGGAAGUUCUUUGCCCUUAGCAAAGAUGGCGUCCGAUAGCCUACACCAAUCAGGUUGCUCUACUGAGAAGCGGCGCUUCCUCCCUCCCGGCCAAGGAUCUGUGCGGUCCGAGAGUUCCGGUGGGCCAAUCAGAGCGUCCUCCACACACGAACGCGUCGACGUCAGAGGUGGGAGGAGCCCAGUUGUAAUUUUUGGCGGGAUCCGGUGUGGACCGGCAAGAGAACCAACCGUGUCUUAGCCCAGAACCUUUGUUGCGUAUCUCCUGGACCAGCUACCUGAUCCUUCCUUACCCUUCCACGGCUCAGCCAUUAUCUUGAAAACAUGAAUGUGGAGGAAGACGACUUGUGUGUACUGACAUCUCUGCUGGAGGAGAACGAGGCAGCAGCCGUGCCCUGUGGCUCGGAGGAGAAUGAGAAGUCCUCGUCUCUGGAGGAAGGUGACCCUGAUGAAUUCGAUGAGCUUUUUGAUGCUGACGGCGAUGGUGAAUCUUACACAGAAGAGGCCGACAGUGGGGAAGAGGGAAAGACCAGGGACCAGGAGGAACGGUUGGCCACUCUCUUUGGUGAUGUGGAGGACCUAACAGAUGAUGAAGUUCCUACAUCGCAAGUUGAAGACAGCAGUGUCCCCCCUGCUCCUGUUCGCAGCCGAGAGAAAACCAAUCAGGAGUUGCAAGAUGAAUUGAAGAAGUUGCAAGAGCAGAUGAAAUCCUUACAGGAGCAGCUCAAAGCUGCAUCACUUCAACAGCCUCCAAGUUCAGCCCCUUUGCACGAACCACCUGGUGCAUCUCUGCGGCCCCCACCUCAGGAGAAGAAAGUUAGGAGAAUUCAGGAGUCGGUGUGCUUUUCUGCAGAGCUUGAUGUCCCUGCCUUACCCAGAGCCAAGCGGGUGGCUCGAGUGCCAAAGACUCCUGCAGAGUCAUCUUCAAGGACAAGUGCACCCUCACAACCACUGCGGGUUAUUUCCAGUUUCUUAGAGCCUAAAAGCUCUCCGGCUAGGUCAACAAGCAUACCCUCACCUCAAGCUGUUCCUGGAAACAAAUGCAGUGGGAUGACUAAAAAUCAAAGCAAGGCAACCCCCGGGAAUCCUGGGGAGCCGUCCCCGCAGGUUCCCCAGGUCUCUGUGGAAGCUUUCUCAGGCCUACGCCUCAGGCGGCCUCGAGUCUCCUCCACAGAGAUGAACAGGAAGAUGACAGGUCGGAAACUGAUCAGACUGUCUCAGAUCAAGGAGAAGAUGGCGACGGAGAACCUGGAAGAGACAGAUUGGGUGACAUUUGGGGUUAUCCUGAGGAAGGUCACGCCACAGAGCGCUAACAGUGUGUGCUUAUCUAUCGAUCAUCCUCAAAAAGUCUUAAUUAUGGGAGAAGCUAUGGAUCUGGGGACCUGUAAAGCCAAGAAGAAGAAUGGAGAGCCGUGCACACAGACAGUCAACUUGCAUGACUGUGAGUACUGCCAGUAUCAUAUCCAGGCCCAGUACAAGAAGCUUAGUGCAAAGCGGUCCGAUCUGCAGUCCACUUUCUCCGGGGGACGGAUUCCCAAGAAGUUCCGCAGAGGCACCAGCCUGAAGGAGCGGCUGUGUCAAGAUGGUUUCUACUACGGCGGGGUUUCUUCAGAAUCCUUCGCAGCCUCCAUGGCGGCAGCCAUUGCUCCUAAGAAGAAGGUUCAAACCACGCUGACCAAUCUGGUUGUGAGGGGCACACGCUCAGUCAUCCAGGAAACAAAACAGAAGCUGGGAAUUCCCCAGAAGAGCUUGUCUUGCUCAGAGGAGUUCAGGGAAUUGAUGGCCCUGCCCACAUUUGGAGCCAGAAACUUACAAAAGCAUUUAGCCAGAGCCAAGUCCUCAGGGAGCCCCAAACCUGCCAUCCAGUCCAUCUCAGCAUCGGCCCUCUUGAAGCAGCAGAAACACCAGAUGCUGGAAAUGCGGAAGAGGAAAUCAGAAGAAAUACAGAAACGGUUCCUCCAGUCCUCAAGUGAGGUCCAGAGCGCAGCAGUGCCGUCCUCCUCUCGACAGCCUGCUGCCCAGUCCCCUCGAACUGGGGCUGAGUUCCCCAGGUUGGAAGGAACGGAGGCCCCGUGGACGCCCAAGCUGGGCAGAGGCAUCUCAGAUGGGGACGACGUUCUCUUCUUUGAUGAAUCACCACCACCAAAACCAAAGCUGAGCGCAGCAGCAGAAGCUAAAAAGUUAGCUGCUAUUUCAAAAUUGAGGGCAAAAGGCCAGAUUCUUACAAAAGUAGAUCCAAACAAUAUUGUAAGGAGGCAAAUGGACCCCCGAGAUGUGCUGGGCGUGAAGGAGCGUGCAGAGAACAGCAACACGGUUUCUCCUGAAGAUGAACUGGAGCCCGCCAGGAAGAAAAGGAGAGAGCAGCUUGCGUACUUAGAGUCGGAGGAAUUUCAGAAAAUCCUAAAAGCAAAGUCCAAGCACACAGACGUCCUGAAAGAGGCCGAGGCUGAGCUACAGAAAUCCUAUUUUGAUCCACUGGUGAAAAAAGAACAGAUGGAAGAAAAGAUGAGAGCCGUCCGCGAAGUGAAGUGCCGCGUGGUGACGUGCAGGAAGUGUGCCUACACCCACUUCAAGCCUCUGGAGACCUGUGUCAGUGAACAGCAUAACCUCCACUGGCAUGAUGGUGUGAAAAGGUUUUUCAAAUGUCCUUGUGGAAACAGGACUAUCUCCCUGGACAAGCUCCCAAACAAGCACUGCCGUAACUGUGGCCUCUACAAGUGGGAACGGGAUGGAAUGCUAAAGGAGAAGACUGGUCCAAAGAUCGGAGGAGAAACCCUGCUGCCACGAGGGGAAGAGCACGCUAAGUUUCUCAACAGCCUUAAAUGAUGCUUCCGACACCUCCCAACCGGCCUUACCUCUGUGGCUCUGAGAAGCAAGAGAUUGGCUCCAUGCCGCCCAUUUCCCUGAUUGACACCACGAGAAAGAAGUGCUUGGUAGUCAGUGCCUACUCUUUCCUCUGUGUGCUGGCUGACACCAUAUUUAACAUCAGUGUACACAUGGAAACCAGAACUCUGUGGCCUCUCCCCGAGGUACAGAUGCUGCCUCACAGCAGCCACACAGAUUUUUGCCUCAGAACGGAAAGGUGUUUCAAGCUCUGCUUCUGGGUCUCCUUCGAGUGUUAAUAUGGACACCGAGAGACAAAGGGCUAGCAUGGUACAGUUAUCUCCCCAUCUCAUCCUCGGGCCUUAAGCGGAAAGCAAAGCUUGACCCACGUGUCUGUGACAUCCCAACACUCGGCUUCUGGUUGAUGAGUUUCAGUGCUGAUGUUGGAGGCCACGGUCUUUCCUUCUGUCGCAUAUGAUUUCAGCUUUUUCUUUGAGGUGGAGUCACUAGGCCAGUUUGGGACUCAGUUUCUUCGUAUAGAGAAGGAAGUUGCUCUACCUACAGUGCUGUGGGGCUGAGAAAUGCCUAAGCUCUCUUCAACCUGUAGCGUGGGUUUAUUUAAAAUAAAGUUUGAUGCAACUAAUAAAAGCCGAUAUACAACUAGAGAAGCUGUAGAACACGACUGAGAAACCAGCCGUACAGACAGAAUCCCUGAGCACUUAGGGCAGGGUUACAGGUGUACUUAUGUGUGUCAGGAAUCUUAAAGAUCAAAACAUACCUAGCAAAUCCCACUAAACAUUUAGUUCUCGAGAUUAGGCUAACAGUGCCUGACCUACGUGAGUGCUGGUUCUGUCUAGGGGUGAGGUAAGUUGGCGGGAUCAUUACUGGAAUCUGAACUCCAGCUAGACAACGUGUCAAGAGGGUAAUCAUGAGAAAAGUAGUUACCGGACAUAGAUGGUUGAGGCUCUGAGGAGCCAAAGAUUCAGGCUCAUGGCUGGGUGCCCUACAGUUUUGUCUGUGCUCUGUGAGGGCCAAAGGGGCUGACCUUGGUAGUCCUGUUCCCCUUAAGGUCUGACCACCAUUUUUAGGGGCGUUUGUGCUUUGGCUUCUAACUCAACAAAGGAAAAGAAAUAAAGUAUUAGUAAGGACCAAAGGUUCUUGGGAGUGAUCUGAAAGGAUGGGGUGUCUGACGUCGGCUGCAGAGUGGUCUGUGCCCUGUAAAUGUGUUCUCCUCUGCGCAGGGCAUGGCUGGUCUUCGCUUGCUGUCUGUAAGAUGGUGACAUGCUUACAAAGCUCUGGGGACUGAGUAUGGAUGUCUUUAAUUUUUAAAUUUUAAUUCCCAAAUAAUUAGAAACACUAUGGAACCCCUUCCUAUUCUCACAGAUAUUGGAAGGUUGAAUUUUUAUGCAUUAUAUGUGUGGUUUCCUAUAAUAUUCAGGGGUGAGGAGGGGGUAGAGAGAACUACCCAUGUGCCUUGAAAAUAUUCAUUAAUAGAAUUAAUCUUUUAAUCCUGCCUUUUAGUGCUUUUUACCAACUAUUAAAUACUUUCAUAGAAAUUCACUACGUUUAUCUUUUUUUUUUCUUGACUUAAUAUCAGAGCCAUAUCACGUCCUCGGACACUUGGAACUGGUUAGGCACUCAGCAGAAACGGGCUCAUCUGAAUCUAUCUUUAAGAUACUUGUUGUUUAAGGGUUUUCUUUUUUCUUGUAUAUUUUUUCCUGUUUAGAAAUAAAUAACUUUUUUAAAAACAAAAUCCUGUUUCUAAACAAAAAAAGAACGAUGAAGUCUUUUAGAUAACAGUCUUUUGGAAUAGAAAAUAGGGAACUUCUGGAUGCCUGGUAAAUUGUCCCCAACAGAAGUUAAAACACCUCAGGGUGGCUGAGGUUUAGCAAAGUAAACGGACUGGUUAACUAAUGUCCAAGGGCAUGGAUUCAUUAGUCAGGCGCAUGGGAGGCAGGGCAGUGGCUCAGCAGUUAGGAACAGUCUGUUCUUCCAGGAGAGCUUCAACAUGGUAACUGAAACCGACUGUAAUUCCAGGUCCAAGGAAUACCCCACUUCCUGGACUAUGCACGGCACUUACAUGCAGGCAAAAUAUUCCUGCACACAAAAUCAAAUAAAAUCUUUUUAAAAGGCAGCGCAAA